AUGCAAAACGACCAAGGACAACAAGUCGAUUAUUAUCACCCAAGAAAGUGUACUGCCACAAAGAGCUUGAUUACUGCCAAGGAUCACGCUUCUGUCCAAAUCACAAUUGGAUUGGUUGACGAAAAUGGAGUCUACACUGGAUCAAACACUUCAGUUUCAUUGUGCGGUGAAUUGAGAAUGAAGGCUAAGUCUGACGGAGCAAUGAACAGACUCAUGCUCGAACAAAAGAUCAUGAAGGACAUCCAAUAA